AUGUCAAAAUUCAUCGCAAACGCUCUAAAACAGAAUUUUCAUAGCAAAUACAACAUAGUGGACAGCUUCAAAUUCGCCGAAUACAUCAACACGAUAAAGCUCCCUAAAGACUAUGUACUAGUAUCGUUUGACGUAGUAUCUCUGUUUACCAAUAUACCGAAAGAUCUUGUCAUCCACGAUAUCAUUAUGAACUGGCCUGAUAUCAAAACAACAACCAAUAUCAAUUUAGAUCUGUUUAUAGACAUCGUAGAAUUUUGCUUAAACAACAGCUACCUUGAGUUCCGAGACAAAUUCUAUCUGCAAACAUUUGGAACGGCAAUGGGUAGCCCUUUGUCGCCAAUACUAGCCGAUCUGGUAAUGGAAAACCUCCUAAACACAGUGAUAAGGCGUCUUCCUUUUGAAAUUCCAGUAUUACGGAAGUAUGUUGACGAUUUACUCUUGGCACUGCCUAAAAAUCAAGUACAGUAUACAUUGGACACUUUCAACGACUACAAUGAGCACAUACAAUUCACAAUAGAAGAGGAAUUAAACAACACCUUGCCAUUUCUCGACACAUUAAUCAUACGCAGCAACGAUCAAACUAUAUCCACGCAAUGGUAUGCCAAGCCAAUUGCCUCAGGCAGACUUCUAAAGUUUCACUCGCUACACCCAACAUCUAUCAAAGUCAACGUAGCAACCAACUUUAUUAAACGAGUGGUGAUGCUAUCUACCAACAAACCAAUCAAUCAACUAAAACACAUCAUCUUCCAACAUCUGCGGCAAAAUGAUUAUCCAUCUUCGCUGAUCAACCGACUCAUCAACAGAAACAUUAGCAAAUUCUCCAUUCAGCACCAUGAUUCUAUGUCCCAACACAGCUCACCACCUAACAGCCUGAGGCAUAACUCAGCUCAAAACUUCAAUAACCAGCCUUCUACACCUGUUCCAGUUGAAGAACCAACAUCGGAAAACACAACAUCACCAUGCACCACCAGCAUUCCAUCUUCAAUAACGUACAGAUCGAUUGCUUUCAUCCCAGUCCUAAGCAAAAUUAUAACAUCAACUCUCCGGCCAGAUUUUCCAACAUUGAAAUUCGCGUACAGAUCAAUCAAAACAACCAAGUGCCUACUCAAACAGAUCAAAGAUCCAGUACCCCCACAACUGCAAUCCAACGUUAUUUACAGUAUCCCCUGCUAUGAAUGUCCAAUGACAUAUAUUGGUAUGACCAGAAACCAGCUAAAAACGAGACUCAGCGGACACCGAUCGAAUAUAAACAAAUAUACCAAUCUAAUUGACCUCCCACCCCAAUACCAAAAAGAAGAAAUAGCCCAGUUAAGCGAAAAAACAGCACUCAUGCAACACAUCAUCAGUCAUGAGCACAGCUUUGAUCUGGCGAACACGAAGAUCAUCGAUCGCACACUCCGGACUUCGGCAUUACCACUGCUAGAGAUGUGUCACAUUGCAAGCACACCUAACACAGUCAACCACCGCACCGAUGUACAGGGCCUCAACACAACCUACGCUGGUAUUUUGCACGCUACCAAAUCCAUCAGUUGUAGUAGCAGAAACAGACGAAAAAGUUUCUCUACUAACACUGAUACUGUUCCAUCAAAAGCUCCGUAAUUUCAUUUUAUUUUUUUGGGCCACGAUAGACCAGAUGAGCUUUCCCAAUGUCUAUGUUUAGCU